UGUUGAGUGAAAGUUCAGCUAUAAAUACCCCUGCUAGAUAGCGUCUGCCUCCACGCAUCAUCCAUCUUCACGAGCUAAAAACCUCACUACCACAACAAGCAUCUUGGUUUCUGCUAAAACAAAGACUUCAUUAUAUUUCAACAAUGGAUUUAACAACAGGAGCCAUAUGGUUGUUCCUGGCUCAACUGUUCGUCGCUGCAACAAUGUUGAGUAAGAUUGCAACAAGAGAAAGAACAAGAACCACUGGCACAAAAUUCUCUAGACCACCGCCUCCACCCUUGGCCCGUGGAGCUCCUCUUGUAGGGGUUUUACCAUCGCUUCUCGCCAAUGGCCCGGUGGAAUUCAUCCGCCACCAUUAUGAGAAGAUGGGAAGCGUUUUCACUGUUAGCUUGCUCCAACAGAAGGUGACUUUCUUGGUUGGGUCAGAGGCGUCAAGCCAUUUUUACAAAGGGUUAGAUUCAGAGAUCAGCCAGGAUGAGGUCUCGCAAUUCACCAUACCAACCUUUGGUCCCGGGGUCGCUUUUGAUGUGGAUUAUGCCACUCGACACGAGCAGUUCCGGUUCUUUGGUGAUAUCAUGAAGCCGGCGAAGCUGAGGACUUACGUUGAUCUCAUGGUUGCUGAAGUGGAGGGUUACUUUGCAAGAUGGGGACAGUCCGGCACUGUGAACAUGAAGCAAGAGUUUGAACAACUCGUCACCCUCAUCGCUAGCCGUUGUCUACUAGGGGAGGAGGUCAGGGACAAGAUGUUCGACGAGGUCUCGACGCUCCUCCGCGAGCUCAACGACGGCAUGCGCCUCGUCACCAUCCUGUUCCCGCGCCUCCCCAUCCCGGCGCACCGCCGGCGAGACAGGGCGCGCGCCAGGCUCGGCGAGAUAUUCUCCGACAUCGUGAGGUCCCGCAGGGGCAGCUCCGGCGGCGGCGGCGGCGGCGGCGGAGCCCGGCACGACGACAUGCUGCAGUGCCUGAUCGACGCGAGGUACAAGGACGGCCGCGCCACGACGGAGACGGAGGUCGCCGGGAUGCUCGUCGCGGCGCUCUUCGCCGGGCAGCACACGAGCUCCAGCACCAGCACCUGGGCCGGCGCGCGCCUCCUCACCAACCCCGACCACCUCCGCGCCGCCGUGGAGGAGCAGGCGCGGCUACUCCGUCGGCACGGCGGCGACCGCGUCGACCACGCCGCCCUAGCGGCGAUGGACACCCUGCAGCGCUGCGUGAAGGAGACCCUGCGGCUCCACCCGCCGGCCCUGAUGCUGCUGCGCCACGCGCGGCGGAGCUUCGUCGUGCGCGGCGGCAGCGGCGAGCGCGAGUACGAGGUGCCCGAGGGCCACACGGUGGCGAGCCCGCUGCUGCUCCACAACGCGCUGCCGCGGGUGUACCGGGACCCCGGCGAGUUCGACCCGGGCAGGUUCGGCGCCGGGAGGGAGGAGGGUGCAGGUGGGCUGGCGUACACGGCGUUCGGCGGCGGGCGGCACGCGUGCGUGGGCGAGGCGUUCGCGUACAUGCAGAUCAAGGUGAUAUGGAGCCACCUGCUGCGCAACUUCGAGCUGCAGCUGGUGUCGCCGUUCCCGGAGACGGACUGGACCGUCGUCAUGCCGGGGCCCAAGGGGAAGGUCAUGGUCACUUACAACAGGAGGAAACUUACCUAGUUAUUAUCAGUUAAAACUGGAGGUAUAAUCAUCGUAUGUGUUUAAGCAUGUGUAAAACAUCUCAUCAUGUAUUCUCAACUAGUACAUAACUCAUAUCUAUCUCUAUCUUUUCUCUACUAUUAUAAAAAUUGAAGAUGUGUUUUUACCGGUGCUUUGGUACGUCAUAUGUGUAUGAGUCAGUUUUUAAUUAAGUUUGUUCGCUUUUGGAAAUA